ACAGUACCCCACCACCAAACCGUCUUUUCCCCCCACGAGAUUGACCUCGCCAACGACCAAUUUUCUCUCGUCCAGUUUCCGGGGAGGUUUUCUGGAUCCUCGCCAUUACCUCUUUAGAUACUCCGUGUCCGAUCUCAUUCGUGCUUUCUCCUCGCAUUUUGGAUCUGCCUGGGUUAAACCCUACACCAGUCGGGGGUUCCUUCUCUCUGCGGCAAUCUGGGGGUUUCCGGAGAUGGCGGAAGCAGGCACGAAUUCGCGUUAUGUCAAGCUGACCAAAGAGCAAGCCCCACUCGAGAUUAAGCCCGGCGAGCUCAAUCAGCCCAUCGAUGUCCCUCAGUUGACUGUUCGCAAGUGCAAUGAGUGUGGGCAGCCGUUGCCGGAGGACUUUGAGCCGGCGGCCGACGAGCCUUGGAGUACUGGGAUCUUUGGAUGUGCUGAAGAUUCCGAAAGCUGUAAGUUCCUAUUCAGAUUUUCGCAUCUAAAAUGCUCUAUGAUCGUUGAUGGAUGAAGCAAGGCUCCGUUUUGAGAUCUUGUCAUGGCUAAUGUGCAGUUGAUAUCUGAUCCUUUGAUGCCUGUUCUAUUGGGAUUGUUUUCAAUGAUGAAGGGUAAAUGCCUCGGGAGGGCGGGUAAACGAAAUUCCGCACAUUUGUGUGAGAAGCCUGUGAAAUAUUAGGAUAUAAUCUCCUCCUUUACUGGGAGAAAUGAGAUGUUCAUCAUGGUUUCCGGAGUAUUGAGUGAUGCUGUUCUUGCACUAUUAUGGCUGUUCUGCAGGUUGGACAGGGCUAUUCUGUCCCUGUGUCUUGUUUGGGCGGAAUGUCGAGAGGAUGAGAGAUGAUACACCAUGGACUACACCAUGCCUCUGUCACGCUGCAUGCAUUGAAGGUGGUAUUGCUCUUGCUGCAGUGACGGCUCUCUCCCAUGGGGUCAUAGUGGAUCCAAAUACAUCGUUCCUUAUAUGCGAGGGUCUGUUGUUUGCUUGGUGGAUGUGUGGUAUUUACACCGGUCUGGCGAGGCAGUCUUUGCAGAAGAAGUAUCAUCUGAAGAACGCUCCAUGCGACCCAUGCAUGGUGCACUGCUGCAUGCACUGGUGCGCUCUCUGCCAGGAGCACAGGGAAAUGAAGGGCCGCCUCUCAGAUAACUUCGUCAUGCCGAUGACCAUUGUGAACCCCCCUCCCGUCCAAGAGAUGUCAGCAGCAGAGACCUCCACCGCCGAAAACCAUGAUCACGCAGCUCCAUCUUCAUCAGAUAAGGGUCCAGCUCAGUUGGAAAUGCAGGUUCUAUAGAAGCAAACCACCUCCAUGAGUGAAACACCGUUGGUCAUGCGAGAUUAUUGUUCAUUGUCCUCGAUUUCGCUUUAGAACAAAUCAAACUUGAACUACAUACUUAUCGCCUUUGGUGGCACCCCCUUUUGUAGAGUGAAUUCCAUAGUCCUUGGAAACGAUUGAUCACCCUCUCUGUCUCCCUCUCUCUCUCUCCCUGAAAAAAGUUCAUCUUCAUCUAUGGCUUGAUGCAAUGGCCGGCUGGGAGCUGUGCUUUCUUUCCAUGAAUACAUGUGCUGGGACCAGAAAAAUAUGAGGGAAGAAGAAGGGGAAUUCUGGCAUAUGGAUUUCCUGAGUACAAAAGUUUGAGCCACGUUCCCCAUAUUAAAUUACUGACUUGUCCAUUCUUUAUUAUAGUUCUGUGCAGCUUUGUAAACUGUACUGCAUGUCCCUGCUGCCAAAUCUUUUACCCUCUGUCUCGUACAAGUUCAUUAUUGUCUGGGGUGAGAUUCUUUCCAUUGACUACCUUCUCUUGCAUUUCCGUAUACUGUCAAAAGCAUAACUACUCCCCGUCUUCCAUUUCUAGAUAUCGACCACUUCAGUGGGAAAACACC